UGGAGCAAAGACCAAACGGAAAGUGCCAUCGUUACAGUCCCUGCUUUCCUCUUUCUGCCUCGAAGGCCGUGGGACCCCAGCCCCAGCCAUGGAGCGGCGCCAGGUGCCGCCACAGGCCGGGCUGGGCCGCGGGGGGCCCCAGGUCCGCAGCGGGGGUCGCUCCGGCGGCGCGGGGAGCUCGGACCCGGCGAGGGCCGCGGCGGCGGCCCCGAGACACCGUGCCCCGGCGGGGCGGGACCGGGCUCCCCCCGCCCGGCGGGCUCGGCCCGAGCCCCCUUCGGGCGCGGGGCUCCCGGGAGGCUUCGACCGCCGCUGCUGGAUGGCGCUGCAAAGCGAGCGGCUGCCGCCGGACUGCAGCGCCCAGCCCGCCUCCGGCACGCCAGGAGAUGACCGCAUCUAUGCUGCACUGCUUGCAAAACUGAAGGAGUUGCUGGUGAGGAGGGCAUCAGAUGGAGAUCCUCCAGCACCUUUUCUGGACGGACAACGGUACUAUGAACAGGGGUUGUAUGAAGAAGCAUUAACACAAUUUAAAAAAAUUGAGGAUACAGAUUUUCAAGCCAUGUAUCAGCUUGGUGUAAUGUAUUAUGAUGGACUAGGCACUGAAAAAGACCCUGAAAGGGGAGUGGAAUACAUGAAUAAAAUACUCAGCUCUGAUUCUCCAAAAGCAAGACACCUGAAGGUUGCAGCUGCAUACAAUCUUGGCAGGGCGUAUUACGAAGGAUGUGGUGUUAAGCAUUCAACCGAAGAGGCUGAAAGGUUGUGGCUUAUUGCUGCAGACAAUGGAAACCCAAAAGCAAGUGUAAAGGCCCAGAGUACUUUAGGAAUGCUUUAUUCUAUGCCAGUUCUAAAAGAUCUGAAGAAGGCCUUUUUCUGGCAUUCAGAAGCAUGUGACAAUGGAAAUCUGGAAUCACAGGGAGCACUUGGCAUUAUGUAUCUCUAUGGACAAGGUAUACGUCAAAACACUAAAGCUGCUUUGAAGUGCUUGAGAGAAGCAGCAGAACGUGGAAACAUCUAUGCUCAAGGCCAUCUUGUAGAAUAUUAUUACACUAAAAAAUUUUACUCAAAAGCUGCUGCCCUAGCCAAAAGGACUACAGAAAACAAUGACAUCAAUAUGCUAGCCAAGAAAGCUGAUUGCCAUCCAACAUAUGUAGCCAAGGGGGUUGCUAUGGCUGCUUUCUACUUGGCUAGAUGCCUCCAGCUUGGCCGAGGCAUAAAGCAAGAUCAAGAUGCUGCUAAAAAAUACUAUUCUAAGGCCAUUCAGAGCUGUACAUGGAGAAUAUUCCCUGUGAUUCCUAAAGCUGCACAUGGACAACUGGGGAGCCAAAUCUGAGGCCCAGAUUUCACAUAUCUGUGUAAAAAAGCUGCAGCAGAACCCAGACAGAAUACAAAGCACCAGCUUGAAUGCCUGAAGAUAUGCCUGUUUCUCAGUGCAGCUAUUUGGGGAACUGCCUAUCUCCUGCCAGAGUACUGCAGACAGAUGCUUGAACAGCCUCCAAAAUACAGGUCAGAGAAACAUGGCCCAGAAGAAUUGGGAUUGUGUGGGACAGUCUCUACCCUGUGUACCCCUGAGCUAGAUUAGAUCUGUGCUCACCUACAAGCUGCAAACAUCUCCUGGCUGCAACUUUUGAAUACUGGGAGAUCAGUGCUGAAAUUGCUGAUUAGAGUCAUGCCUAUCAUUCUCCAUUCUGCAUUUGUUCCCAGGGCAGGGAUUUGCAUGUGUGUAGGGUCAUCUGAACUGUAAUUGUCAGGAGAGAGUCAUUGCUCUGGAAGCAUAUUCUCAGAAUGAGAGGACUUAGUACUCCUGCUUCAAGUUAGGAUCCAUGCGCAAAAUUAUUUAAAUUCUGAUUACUAGAUGGAGACAUACUACAACUUUCUUCAAGUACCCUCAAAUACUCUCAUAUAAAUACUGAAAGUCUUCAGAAUCUUUUUAAGAAUGCAAAAUUCUUGAUCAAUUUAUGUACUUGUGCAUUUGUUUUUCCAAAUUAAUGAGUCAACUGGAAAACAGAAAAAUGGGAUGUUAGGAGGUCUUCUAAACCAGGAGAACUAGUCCUCUGCUGUUAAUAGGCACCAUCUCAUACAACUGCUAUCAUGAAUUAAUUCAAACUAGAGAGCCCUAUUCCUCUGACUCUCCCUUCUGCUAACUCAAGCAAAUGAAAGUGCUUUCAGAAUCACUUCUCAUGGGAGAAGUUCCUCAUUGAAGACCCCCAGGCCUUUUUCCACUGGGCAGCUUUCUAGUCACCUCUUACCUGGGUGUGGGGUGUGGUAACAGUAAGAAAUAUGCAAUUUUUUUCCUCUUAUUCAGAUCUACAAACUCCAUUCCUUAUGAAAGCAAUAGAUUUUUUAAAAUAUCUUAUGCUCUGAAACAGUCAUUCUUUGGACAAGGGAGACAUGGGUUUUUUCAAAUCUUAAGUAACUAGUUUUUUAUGUGCUAUUUAUUAACUGAUUUAGUAAUCAGUUUAAAAGGUCAAUGACAGGCUAUUAUACUUUCAGCUUAUUUCUGUAUCCAAAUUUACUUUUACUAAGAUUUACUGCAAAACAAUAGGGCUACCAAGUUUUUCUCUCUCUAAAAUCACAGAGGUAUAUCCUGGGAUUAGCAACAGCAUAUUUUGCAGAUAGGAAGACAGUGUCAUCUACUCAUGCCCCCUGAAAUCAGCUGCAGCCAGAAUAUUCCCAAGCAAUUAAUUAACAUCGAUAAUUACAACAUAUAUGUUUCCUCCAGCCCAUCCUUUGAAGCACAGAGCCGCAAACAAGACAACUAAUGCAAACCUACAAUUCAUUACCUAUUCCAGUACUACUUAUAAGUUAUAGUUAAGGCAGCAAGUAAUUAGAAGCCUCUUCCAACCUCCAUCUUAUUUAGCCAAACUACUUUCUCCUCUGGUAGUAUGGGAGACACUGGACAGUAGUGUAUGGUGCCCCUUACCACAAAGCCGCCCUUCUCCAGUUUUGCUGCACACAGCAUUGCCAC